UAAUUGAAGCAUGUUGCUGUAAUGUUCUCGAUCUCUAUCAGCUCUGGGUCUACCGUCCAGACGAUAGGGAAAUGGUCUGAGCCAUAUGACUUGCUGUAGUCUAUGGCCCACUCUUUGAUCACUUCCUCUCUUCUCGCCUGCUCGUUAGACCAUGUUAGAUCGAUUACUGAAGCUUUACCCCGUGUUACAGAGUGCGGCAUAAAUGUGAUCUUUCCCUUCUUGUUGUGUAUCGUAUAUCCCUUUUCUUCGAGCCAUUGGACGAUCUCUCUGGUCAAAGUUCUACAGUUUCGUAUGGUACCGUGUGCCCAAAGUCGGUGGUGGAUGUUCCAGUCCCCUGUUAUAGUCACUGGGACUCCCGUGGGGAUGUUUAGGUCACGUAGUCGCCAUCCGAGGCAGUCGCGUGAAAGAUCCGGGUCGUUGUAUAUGUUGAUGAAGACGUAUCUUUUUUCUCCGCAUGAUAUGUCCAGUAUCUGUACGUCUCGGUGAGAUAUGAUAUCUGAUCGGACGUUCACCUUGAAUUUCCCCCCCUUCUUGAUGUAUGACAUAACUCUUGGUGGGGGGUCAUUUCUUCUCAACGAUGGGCAUGGUAGUAGUGGCGUCCAGUCAGGGUGGCCAACCGGCCCUUGCACUGUUCCAUUGGCAUCA